AGAAAAUGAUGAGAAAUACAGCUUAACCAAUUAUGAUUGAAAACAAUCAAUAUAAAAUCACAGAAACACUUGGUUAAGGUUCUUAUGGAUAUGUUGUCAAAGGAUAAAAUCUAUAAACACACUAAAUAGUUGCGAUUAAGAUAUAAGAAAGUAUAAAUGAAGCUGAAUUAAUGAUGUUACUAAAAAUGAAAGGUAAAAAAUAUAAAAAUUUAAUAAAAACCCUUCAUGUAGAAAAAAUAGGUAAAUAUUAUUAUAUGGUUAUGGAAUACUGUAAAGAGAGUUUGUAUGAUAGAAUACAACGUUAAGGUACAAUAAAGCAUGAUGACAUAAGAUUUAUAAUGAAAGAAAUAGCUAAUGGAUUAAGAGAAAUUCAUGAAAUGGGUUAUGCUCAUAGAAACAUAACACCUGAAAAUGUAUUAGUAUUCUAAGUAAAAGAUGAUUUAGGUAAUACAUAAGAUUUAUAUAAAAUUUGUGAUUUUGGAACUAUAAAAGAGAUUGAUGUGUUAAAAACUUAAAAAGUUGGGACUGCUUAUUAUUUUGCUCCAGAAUAAAUAAAUAAAACAUCAGAAUAAUAUACAUAAGCAGUUGAUAUUUGGGCUUUUGGAGCAUUGAUUUAUGAAUUAUUAACUGGAGUACCAAUGUUUAAUGGUAUUUUAUUAUUUUAUUUAGGAUCUACUGAAUAUGAAGUUUGUAAUAAAAUUUCAAGUAUAACUUAAUAUGAUAUUGAUACAAUCAUUUAGAAUAAUUUAAAAAUAGAACGGAAAUAUUAAACCCUUCUCUUAAAUAUGAUGCAAAUUGAUCUUCAGAAACGAUAUGAUAUUAAUUAAACUAUUUCAGAUUUAAGGGGUUAAUCCCAAAUUAAAUAAAAAUCCUCAAUACGAUUGGAGCCCAAAUAAAUUAUUUAAUAACCUAGCUAAUAACCUACCAAUAUUGUAUCUCAAAUAUGGAAAAUCCCAUAACCAUAAUCAUGCCAAUACUUUCAAAAUGAUUAAAAUAAACUCUAAUAAGGUUAACAAAUUAAAUAUGAUUUGGUGAACCCACAAAUAUUAUAAAAAAAACAUAACUAAGAUAAUCCGAUGCUAACAGCAGAUUAAUUUCAAAAUUAUAUGUUUCCUUCUAAUAAAAACGAUUAACCUAAUCCUCAACCUAUCCAAAGAGAAAGUAAAUUUAUGCAAUAAACUGCAAAUAUAAACUAAGGAUUUCUGUCAUCCCAAUUAAGAAAUUAAUAGCCUUAAACAAACAAUAAUACUAGAUUAGCAAAUGAAGAUUAGAUUUCUAAUGAAACAGAUUAAGUUUAAGCAGUUAAGUAAAAUCCUUAACCAAAUAACACUUUCAGAGUUUCAUAAAAUAAUUUUCCCCAAAAUUCUAAUAUUACAAAUUAAUAUUAAGAUGUAGAUUCAAAAAAUAAUUAGUAAUAAUAGAUAUCUUAACAAUAACCUAAAUAAAUAUUUAAUCUAAAUAAUAAUUUACAGUAAUAAUAACCUUAAUACGGUGCUAAUGGUAGAGUUACAAAUCCUAGAUUUUAGAGAGAAAUUAAUAAUUCUCAAAAACAAACUUAAACAUUUGUACAAAAAUGA